UAAACGGGCCGGCAGAAUGUUGGAUAAGCGAAUAUGUUGGAUAAUAUGGCGAGAUUAAGAAGAAGCCUAUUAAGGAAAAGCCUACAUCAAAUUAGGUUAUGAUUUUACAAAUUAAGCACCAAAACAUGUUAUACGACAAAUUUGACAGAAAAAGUAGUUCAAUACGCAGUAAUGCUAUGUAGUAAUUACUGUAUUUACGAAUUUAGCACCAAAAUAUCACGAUGUAUUGAAAACAUUGACUACAAAAAUGCAUUGGAUAAUCCAGAACGUUGGAUAAGCGAGUGUUGGAUAAGUGAGACUCUACUGUACUUUAUUUAUAUACCGCCCUAUCUCCCGAAAGGGGCUCAAGGCGGUUUCCAACAAUAAUACAACAACAUACAGUAGAUGAUAAUAUAAAAAACACAUUAUUACAUAGAAUAAAACAUUUACACUAAAAAUAACAAUACCAAUCAAUGCCAGUAAAUCUUGCCAACUAAAAUGUUGACAGUUCGAAGCUCGAGUCCAGGUGAGCUCCUAGAUUUAGCCAAGCUUCUUCAUUGGGAGGUGUUAGCUGGCCCUGAUGGAUAAAUAAAGAACAACACUCAGAGGAAUUGCAGGCUUGAAUCAAUCAGGGACAGCUAACACCUCCCAACAAAGGAUUCCCCCAGGCAGGAAGCAGCCAGCUAACAUGUCCAACAUUUCUGUGUUCUCAAACAAUAUUUGAGAGCAUCGUUCAGAAAACAGGGGAAUUCCAGAGAGGAAACAAUCAGGGCCAGGAACAAAAAUCAUAGUACAGACACCAUCAAGGGCCAGCUAACACCUCCCAACAAAGGACUACCCCAUGCAGGACGCAGCCAGGCUUUGAAGCUGCAAGACCAUUCAAUGCUAAUCAAGGUGGCCAAUGCAACAUUCACACUUUCCUCAAGAAGACAAGAGUUCUUUCUCCAACCCUGGACAUUAUUCAACAGGUAUAUAUAUGCUCCAGUUGCCUCUCCUCCGACAGAACUCUAUGCCGAUACCCUCACUGACUGACUUUGCAGCUGCAAGGCCAUUCAAUGCUAAUCAAGCUGGAACAUUUGCAUGUGUCUCAUGCAACCUGGAUAUAUCAACCCCACUUGCCUCGUUUCCAACAGACCUCACAACCUCCGAGGAUGCCUGCCAUAGAUGUGGGCGAAACGUCAGGAGAGAAUGCUUCUGGAACAUGGCUAUACAGUUUGGAAAACUCUCAGCAAUAUAGUUUGAAUUGCUUUAUAUGGUUGACUAGCUGUGCCCGGCCACGCGUUGCUGUGGCCAGGACUUAAUUUUUCUUUUCUUUUUGUUGUGGGGCGUUUAGUUGUUUUGUCCGGUGCCGUGACUCCAUUACCCUUUUCUAUAUAUAGACUAGCUGUGGCCGGCCACGCGUUGCUGUGGCAAAGUGGUGGUGGUAUUGGUUAAAAAUUGUUGUGGAAUUUUUAUUUAACAUUACUUGCAUUUUUUAAUUAAUUUUAUUGUAAGUUAUAUUUUUAUUUAUUAGAUUUUAUUAUUUUCUUGUAUUAUUUUUAGUUAUUUUCUGUUAUUAUAGUAUUUUAUUGUAUUAAUUUUUUUAAUGUUUUUUAUUAUUUUUUUAUUGGGUCGCUAGGAGACCAAGUUGGAGGAGCUUAGCCUUCUAACUGGCAGCAAUUGGAUAAAAGCAAUUAUUCCUCUCUCUCUAAUUAGGACUUUAUUUUUCUUUUCUUUUUGUUGUAUCAACCUAGAGGCGUGGAUGAUGGGUUGUGUUGUCAAAUUUCGAGGUUGGGGGGCCUGUAGUUUUGUUGUUUUGUGGGUUGCCAUGAUGCCAUCACUCUUUUAUAUAUAUAGAUGAACGUAGAGGCGUGGAUGAGAGGUUGUGCUGUCAAUUUUCAAGGUUGUGGGGCGUUUAGUUGAGUUGUUUUGUCCGGUGCCGUGAUUCCAUUACCCUUUUAUAUAGUUUAGUUGUUUUGUCCGGUGCCGCGAUCCCAUUACCCUUUUAUAUAUAUAGAUGUGGACCCAUAUAAUGCAAUUCAAAACCAGAAGGGUAAAACCACGGUUCGAUGUCCCCACCAAGCCAAUCCCUUUGGGAGAAAAAAUUGGGAGGGAGAGUCGGAAAGAACGAGGGAGGGAGGGAGGGAUGGCAAAGACAAUUUUCCUGAUUUAAAUCUCUUUGGCACGAGGCGAGGAUUCCAGUUCCCCGCCAGUCUCCCCUUAAUAGGAGUGUGAAAAGACUAGACCUGACAGCUCAUUACAAUGUGAUCCCUCCCUCUCUCCAGAAAGGGUCUCCACUCCUUCCGUUUUUUUCCCCCCCUUCAUCUCUUUUCUCUCCUCCUUGACAUCCUGCAAAACUUGUAUUUAUUUGCUGGCUUACGGCUUUUGAUUUUUUUCCCCCCCUCUCCUUGCUGGAAGAGCUCAAACCCAGAGACACCUUCAAGAAGAACGAGCGGAGACGGAGACCCGGCAGCGGAGACAGAGACGGAGAGAGUGAAUUCGGAGCGAAAUUUCCGUCUCGAGGAGCGUUUUCCUUGAAAAUUUCAAUUUGCGGAAGAAGUGAGAUAUUUCAUUGUUGGUUUGGGACAUUUGAGAUCUCGAUCGGCAUAUCUAUAGAAGUUUUCCCACUUUAAGGAAAGGACAUCUUCUCGUGUUCUCGGACAAAUGUGGAGACGUUUCCGAGCGGAUUUGCGCCACUGAAAGCGUCACAAACCGUUGCUUUGCCAUUUUGGCAGAAUUCGGAUUCGGAUGAAACGCGUUCACACCGUCGUCUCAUAUCAACCCAUCAGUUUGGUUUCCGAUUUCAAGCAAUGGACAAGAAGACUCUGCGUCGUUCCGGCUUGAUCGAUCAUCCAAAGCUUGUAAUCCGCAUCUCUCGUUUCUGACUCAGUCGGGGAAUACGUCGUCCGAUCGCUCUUCUUUUAGAAACAGCUUCGUCUUGAGUUUUGUCUCCCGUUUUUUUCCCGCUCGGAAGAUGUGGCACAAAACCAAGACCCGGUAUUGGAGUUGGCUCCUUUUGGCCGCCUUGUUGAGCCAGGACGUUUGGCGCUUCCAAGCCGUCGCGGCGAAGAAAGAGCGGAAGAAACCUAACCAAUACACGGAGCCCCUCAACACCACUCUGUCCAACAGCGAGGAAUUAAACGGGCACUCCAAGACGCUAGAGUCCUCAGACCCUCGCAUCACAGACCCGCGCCGGACGUGGAUCUCAUUUGUGCAGCGUCCCGGGGACAGCAGCAGCGCCAAAAAGAAAUGCAGAGGGAAAGAUAAGAAAUUACGCGGGUUGGUCGGACCUCCAGGACCCCCUGGUCCUCCGGGCCCCCCGGGAGCCCCUGGGGCGGAAGUCACCCAGGAAGUGUUAUUGCAAGAGUUCAAGGAGAUGCUGAAAGAAGCCACCGAACGGCGCUCUUCGCCAGAGCUUCCCGUUGCUCCCAGCGAGGUCCCUCCGUUGAUGUUCUCCUUGGAGGACCUCUCUCCUUACAAGCGGGUGGAGGAGGCCUUCCACUGCAAACUGAAGGGCCAGCUGGUGGUGGACAAGAAGACCUUGAUGGAGCUUCAGAACUUCCAGAUGCCUUUGGCCAAAGGAGCUUUCCUCCGAGGAUCGGGGCUGAACUUAACCACAGGAAGAUUCACAGCAUCCAUAUCGGGCAUUUAUCAGUUCUCGGCUAACGUCCACAUUGAUCACAGUGAGCUGAAAAGUAAGCUGCAGCUCCGCGCGAGAGAUAACAUCCGGGUGCUGAUCUGCAUUGAAUCCCUUUGCCAUCGAUACACGUCUUUGGAAAUCAUUGCUGGCCUGGAAAGCAAUAGCAAGAUCUUCACUGUGAAUGUCCAUGGAUUGCUGCAGCUACAGGCUGGGCAGUACACUUCGAUAUUUGUCGACAACAGUGCCGGGGCACCGGUCACCAUCCAGAGUGGCUCCGAUUUCAUGGGGAUGCUGGUGGGGGUCUGAUCCCAGACGACUCCAUGACCCAAUGGGACCAAGUGGGGAAAGAAACCAAUCCUGCAAACCCUGCUUGGACGUUGUCUUGGACGAUUUUUUCAUCUUUGCUCCCGGUCGUCUGCAGCGGAAUGAAGCCAAUCUCCUUCCUCUCCUUCCAAAAAGUGACGGAACAAUAGAAGAGAACAUGAACUCCUUUGUCCAGGAUCCAAGGCUUGGAUCAAGUUCUCUCUGUUGGUGGAUUUGAAAUCCCUUUCUGUUCCAACAAUGGAUAGCGUUAAAUCCAACUUACCUAAUCGAGUCUAAGCCCGUGAGUGUUUGGGCCUCAUUUGAGCCGCAUUUGAGAUACAGAUGUUUCUGGUGUGGAUCUAUCAUUGAAACUCCAGCACAUGUUUUGGACCUAAGUCUCUUCAAAGCUAGCCUCAGACCGAGAGCAUUUCUAUAAUCCAAUCUAGAUGCACAAAGACAUAGUCAAUAAUAAUAUACUUUAUUUAAA